UCAUAUAAGACAUAUCUGAUAAACUAAAUAAUAAUUUUAUUGGCAAUGCCCAAAUUUGUUUACUUCACAUGGAUCAUUCAUCCAAAACAAACAGCAAAACCCAAGUUCUCGGAACUCAAGUUCUUAGAACUCAAAUUCAGGCAUUUAUAAUGCUUACAUGGAACAAACACCCCAGAUCACAAGAUUGUUUAUGAUGGAUGCAGAUUUUGGUUGAUGUCCUCGUGAAUCUUUAUUAUUUCUGCUAUGGUUGGAAUUUUGGUGGCGAUGCACAGAUUCAGUGCUGCACUGUAGAUUUCCAUGGACUUCUUUAUGAUGCAACCUAAGAACCAUUAGGAAAUGCAACCCUAAAGCUCAUGUGCUUGGCAGACCUGGAGUUUGACUAUAUUAACCCAUAUGAUUCAUCUUCGCGGAUAAAUAAAGUGGUUAUACCAGAAUUUGUCCUUCAAGGAGUCUUGUGCCUGCUCUUCCUCUUGUCUGGCCACUGGUUAAUGUUUUUGUUUUGUGCUCCUAACCUAUACUACAAUGUGAGGCUCUAUCAGCAGCGGCAACACCUGGUGGAUGUGACUGAGAUCUUUAAUCAACUCAAUGGGGAAAAGAAACGGCGCCUUCUUAAGCUGAUCAAUCUUGUUGUACUUCUCUUUUUAUCUUUGUUCUGGAUGAUUUGGAGUGUGCUGGAGGAUGUUGAGUAGUCUGUGGAAACCAAAUAUCUGUCAGUUUCUUGCUUGCAUGAAACAUUAAUUUGCCAAUUUGUCUACGUCCUUAAUAGCUUCUGGCUCCACAUCAGGGUGUUUGGUGGUGAUCUGUCAGCAAGCUCCUGGAAUCAGAAACGGCGCAUUGAGCUCAAAUUGGGUUACCAUCCUCUAUUUUGUGAUGCUUCCGUGCAAGCACAAGAUUGUUAUCUUCUUGAUUGUCCAUUGGUUACACCUGAAUGGUUGGUAACGGGUAAGGCUUCUUGUUUGCAUUCAUGAAUACCUUAAUGGUUGUACGAUAUUAAACAUUUGUGUUACGACGAGUUGAUUUAAAGCUUUUCAAGGAAGUCCAGUUCCCUUCCAUUUUGUUGGUAGAGAUUCAGUAAUCACAUUAUGUCCAUAUGGUCGUGGUGGAUAAAAACAACUCCUUGCCAGGUUACGUCUUUUUUAUUCUGAAGACGUGUCUCUUAAUCUACGUGUACUUCAAUGUGUGUAGUUU